AUGGCAUCCGAUAAUAGUAAGAAGUUGCGCGCCGAGCUAUUUGAGGCCGGCCUCCAAACCCGUCGGGAAGUGGUCGGGGAAGCCUACGUUGAGACUGCCUUGCGCAAUGGGUCUAGCGAGUUCGCCUAUGCCCAACAAGAGCUGAUUACGGAGUGGGCUUGGGGGAACAUCUGGUCACGCCCAGGCUUGGAGCGCAAGCAGAGAAGCCUUCUCAACAUCGGCAUGCUCAUUGCUCUCAAGAGUUGGGCCGAGUUCGGCAUCCAUAUCCGGGGCGCCAUCAGGAACGGGCUUACCGAGCUCGAGAUUCGUGAGGCGAUCCUGCAGGCGACCGUCUACUGUGGUGCACCAGCUGGCGUCCAGGCCAUGAAAGUGGCCGAUGAGGUGAUCAAAGACAUGAUUGAAAAGGGAGAGCACCAGAGACAGUUGGCGGAGGUCUCGCCGAGCUACAAGAAAUCCGAGUAG